AUGCCGGAUCUUCGUCGCCAGGUUCUUGAGAGCGGCAAAACCAUGUCCCGCAAAGCUGCGUCGAAGGAGGGCUCUCGGCGCACUUCGCGCGCAAGCUCGGCUCAAAAUUCACACCAGUCAUCACGGAACGCAAGCAGACAGGCCUCAGACGAUGAGGACGCGGGUAAUCUCAGCGAUGAUACCGCUGUCAGCCUCGGCUCUUUUGACGAUUUCGAGAACGUUGACGUCGAGAAAGAUAACAGCAAUUGGGCUCAGGAGCUUCUUGAUGUUGUUGAUGAUAUCCUAGACCGCAAGCGCAGUAGCGUGCUUAGCCGCGAGGAAAAUUAUGCGGCAUACUGUCGCCUUUCCAAGUUCCACUAUGUAGAAGAAUCUAUCCGGCGCCGCGUCCCUGAUCUUCUAGCCGCCUUCGCUCGCAGCAUCAAGUCCGAGACAAGUGUUCGAGAAACGACACUUGCGAUGCGUGCUUUGGAGCUUCUAGCUAUUACCGCAACAGAUAACACUAUUUUCGAACAUACAGAGCCGCUACUUACCCGGACUAUUCGCGAUUCAAGCUCGGAUUCCAUUAAAGUGGCGGCGAUUCACUGCUUAGGAACAUGCACUAUGUUUGGUGGCGGUGGGGAUGAGGCUAUUGAGGACCAGAUGACGUUUUUUCUGGAUAUCGUUGCCUCGGACGGGCAGUCCAUCGAUGCGCAAGAAGGCGCUGCUACCUGUGUCACCGCAGCUCUCCAAGAAUGGGGUUUUAUGGCGACGGAGAUUGACGACCUUGAAAGUGAGAGCGAAGAGUAUAUUCAGAUAUUCAUGGAUCAAUUGAGCAGUGGCGAUCCGAGCGUACAGAUUGCGGCUGGCGAGAAUAUCGCCUUACUAUACGAAAGGAGCUACACCCCCCAGGAGCACUGGACCGAUGAGGGCGAGGAGGACAGCAAUGGCGAGGACAGCCUUGAUAGUGAAUCAGAAGAACAAGUCUACCACACUGGACCUAAGCGUGUCAAACGCUACAGUCCUUAUCACGACACUCCCGAACUCGAACGCCAACUGCAGUCUCUCGCAACAGUGCAUAGCAAGCGCAUCAACAAGCGCGACAAAAGAGACCUUCACAAGAACUUUGCGUCUAUUCGCGCUACUGUCGCAGAUCCGCGCUGCGGCCCGAUGCACAGCGACCACGGCAGCAAACUCACCGUCAAGAUCGGCAGACAAGGGAUCAUGCAUAUCGAUCGCUGGUGGAAAUGGAUUCGCCUCAACUCUCUACGCCGUAUACUGCAGGGUGGUUUUGCUGUCCACUAUUUCGAGGGUAACCGUGCCGUCCUUGAUAAUCUUCCCGUAAUGAUGGUUCGCCGGCAGACGGGAGACCGUCGCACUUCCCCUACCGGUAGAAAGGAAGAUAAGAUUCGCCAGAAUCAGCGCCGGGCAAAGCUCGAGUUUGCCGAUGACGACUACUACUGACACGAAUUUAUAUUGCUUC